UGAAAAGAUCGAAACUCCAAAAAAAAAGAAAUUAUUUUAUUUUCGGUAUAGUAGUUCAGCUCACAAUUUUGCUUAAUUUGGUGAUGAUUGCAAAUUUUAACUCAAUUAGGCUGAAUCAUCCGAGCACCAAAAAGACGCACACAGUUUAAAAAAUUAAAAUUAAAUAUCCAGAUAAAGAUUUCAUAUAUAUAUAUAUCUGUUUCAACAAUACGUACUUUUCCUGAUUUUUUUAGUUAUGGUAUCAGUUACGAUUCACUAUCAACACGAUGAGUUCAUUAUUAAGUAAUGAUACAGUGGAUACUUCUGCUAAGGGAGGACUUUUGAUCUCAUUAUAUCAAUCAAAUCCAACUUCAAUCAUACUAGUACUACUGAUUGCUGCAGUACUUGGAUUAUUCAUUUAUAAUAGUAGUUCAAGUAUCAAGGCUAACAAAGUUGUGAUAUCAGAGAAGAAACCAACUAGUUAUCAAAUUCAAAAGAAUCGUAAAUAUGGACAUUGGAUUCCUGAUAUAAGUUUCAAAACUCCCAUUCCUGAACCAUUUAAAAAUUGGGAUUAUAAAUUAACCAAACCAAUUCCAUAUAGAGCUUUCAAACAUAAGUAUAAUAUCACUAUGGGGAUUCGUAGUAUGGAUUGGAAUUCAUGGAUUGAAUUAGAUAAUGAAUGGCCUAAAUAUCAUCAAGAUAAAUUAGACAGAUUAGCUGAGAAGGGUGAUGAACUUCAUGGAUGUUCACCAAAAGCUAUUGAUGCAUCCUUUGAAUUAUUACAAGAGUUGAAACAAUUUUUACCUAAUCGUUAUCCCACUCUUUUCAAAGAGACUGAAGUUGGAUUAGAUAAUUUACAAACUAAAGAAUCAUUUGAUUUUAGAAAAGGUCAUACAAAGGAAGAUCAAAUGGUUAUCAUUAGUAAAUUAUUACAAGAUGAUAUUGCUAUUAUGAUUGAACAUGAAGAUGGGAAUUAUUCUUUGGAAGGGGGUGCUAUUAUCUUGGCUGGAUUUUGGAGAUUGAAAGAUAAAUUUCAAUUAAAAUUGAAUGAAAUUCAUACUAGUGGAGAUGUUCCUCAAUAUCAAGAAAAAUUACAAAAUGGGAUGACUAAAUUUUUUCAACGUUUGACUUGUGAUAAACCUGUUGUUCGUAAUAAUUAUUUCAUUCAAACUGAUGAUAAUUUAGGUUGGUCCCAAUCAAUUGGAGAUGAAAAUUCUGAUGUGGUUGGAUGGUAUACUGCUGAAGUUGCUAAAGAUGUGAAUAAAUUAUAUUUUAGAAGUGAAAGACAAAGUUUAAGAAGAUUACCUAUUAGUGGAGCUGUGAUAUUUACUAUCCGUACUUAUUUUGUUCCUAUUGUUGAAUUAUGUCAUGAACCUUAUAUUCCAAGAAGAUUAUUAAAUGGGAUUAAUACUUGGAGUGAUGAUGUUGAAGAAUAUAAAGGGUAUCAUAAAUAUAAGGAUGUGUUAUUACCAUAUUUAGAAGCCAUGGCUCAAGAGCAAGAAGCAAAUGGAUUACCAGUUGAAGAAGAACCAAAUGUAUAUCCAUUUUAGUUUAUUUAACAUUCUAUAGAAAUUGAAAAUAAAAAAAGUUACUAUAUAUAAGAAAAUUUUGCAGUUUGUAAUAUAAAGUGCGGAUUAGAACAUAUAAUUUUUGCAGGUUAAAAAGAUAACAAAAAAGUUACAGUUUACGAUCAAAAUCAAAUGAGUAUCUAC